AUGGAAGAUGCUAAACAAAUUGAUACCACAAUAGCUACAGCUACAAAAUUAGACUUAGAAGGAACAGGUUCUGCUGUGGAACAAAAACUGUAUAGAGGCAUGAUUGGGUCUCUCUUGUACCUUACAGCCAACAGACCAAAUAUUGUGUUCAGUGUGGGAUUAUGUGCUCGAUUUCAAACUAGUCCCAAAGAAUCUCAUCUCCAAGCUGUUAAAAGAAUUCUCAGAUACUUAAAAGGAACCACUGAUUUGGGACUAUGGUAUCCAAAGAGAAGUAACUUCGAAUUGGUAGGGUAUGCCGAUGUAGAUUAUGUUGGUUACCUUGCAGACAGAAAAAGUACUACAAGUAUGGCUCACUUUCUUGGUUCAUGUUUAAUCUCUUGGGGAUCAAAUAAACAAAACUCUGUUGCAUUAUCCACCGCAGAAGCUGAGUAUGUGGCAGCAGCUUCGUGUUGUGCUCAAUUAUUGUGGAUUAAACAACAGCUUAGGGACUUUGGGCUUCAUGUUGAGUGUGUCCCAAUUUUUUGUGUAAUACAAGCGCAAUAA